CGCGGUUAAAUACCACAAAGAACAAAUGAGUGUAAAAAAAAUGUCGCUUUAAAUUGGCAAUUAUCUUUAUAUUUUAGUGCUAAAAUAGAUAUAUACGCGCAAAUAUUGUGCUUUUGUGGCUGAGACUGAAGUGUAUAAUGGCGGGUCACAUGUCUUCCAAUUCCAAUGGGGAGUUGAAGAAACUUUCGGAGGAGAGUUUACUGCAGCCCCCUGAAAAGGUGUUCGACAUUAUGUACAAACUGGGCGAGGGAAGCUACGGGUCCGUCUACAAGGCCCUCCACAAGGAGAGCUGCUCCAUUGUGGCCAUCAAGCUGGUGCCGGUGGAGUCCGACCUGCACGAGAUCAUCAAGGAGAUAUCAAUUAUGCAACAGUGUGAUUCUCCGUAUGUGGUGCGCUACUACGGGUCAUACUUCAAGCAGUAUGACUUGUGGAUAUGCAUGGAGUACUGUGGGGCGGGCAGCGUUUCGGACAUAAUGCGCCUACGCAAGAAAACGCUGACAGAGGACGAGAUAGCCACCAUAAUGUCGGACACGCUGAAGGGACUAGUCUAUCUGCACCUGCGUCGGAAAAUACAUCGAGAUAUCAAGGCUGCCAACAUACUGCUCAACACGGAAGGCUAUGCGAAGCUAGCCGACUUUGGUGUGGCUGGCCAGCUGACAGACACAAUGGCCAAACGGAACACGGUCAUAGGAACGCCCUUCUGGAUGGCCCCCGAAGUAAUUGAGGAGAUUGGCUACGAUUGUGUGGCGGAUAUUUGGUCCCUUGGCAUCACAGCCCUUGAAAUGGCAGAGGGAAAGCCCCCCUACGGUGAUAUACAUCCCAUGCGGGCUAUUUUUAUGAUACCUCAGAAGCCGCCGCCCUCGUUUCGGGAACCAGACAGAUGGAGCACCGAAUUCAUUGAUUUUGUGAGCAAAUGCCUGGUGAAGGCUCCCGAUGAACGUGCCACAGCUACAGAGCUGCUGGAGCAUGAGUUUAUACGCAAUGCCAAGCAUCGCACUAUUUUGAAGACCAUGCUGGAGGAAACCUGUGCCAUUCGAGAACAACAGCGUGCCAGUCGGGCUGCUGGCGGAGUGUUGGCCUCUAGUCAGGCCAAGAGUCUUGCCACCCAGGAGAACAGUAUGCUGCACAACAUGCAGGAGGAAGAAACCGAAUUCAAUGGCACAGGGAAGACCUUCAUUGAUGAUCCUGGCACGCUGGUGCCGGAAAAAUUCGGUGAAUAUCAGCAAAGCUCGGCUUCAGAUGCAACUAUGAUAUCGCAUCCGGAGCCAGACAUUGACGAAGGCACCUUGGGACCGGGUGGCAUACGAGGUUUGAGCAGGGCAACGGCAAUAACGGCAACCGGCGUGACUGCGGCGUCUGCCUCAUCCCCACUGGAUGUACCAGCAGUCGAUAGUGGUACCAUGGUGGAGCUCGAGUCAAACUUGGGCACAAUGGUUAUUAACUCUGACUCGGACGACUCGACAACGGCUAAGCGCAAUGACGAUCAGAAGCCCCGCAAUCGGUAUCGUCCUCAGUUCCUGGAGCAUUUCGAACGUAAGAAUGCGGGCGAUGGACGUGGCGAUGAAAAGGCGACGGCUACAGAGUAUUCCCCAGCGGCAGCCGAGCAGCAACAGCAACAGCAACAGCAGCAACAACAACAGGAGGAGCAGCAUCUGGCCAGUGGAGCCAACGACGUAAGCAACUGGGAGCACAACAUGGAAAUGCAGUUCCAGCAGAUAUCGGCAAUAAAUCAGUAUGGAUUACAGCAGCACCAGCAACAGCAGCAUGUACUCAUGGCCUAUCCACUGAUGAAUGAUCAGCUCAUUGCCAUCAACAAUCAACAAAAUCUGCUGCGCAGCAACGCCACGCCCCUGGCUCAGCAGGGACACCCGGCUGUGGCUGCAGCUCAACCGCCGCCCGCAUAUCAAAACCAACAUAUGCACUCGCAAUCGCACGCCUACGUGGAGGGCGAAUUUGAGUUCCUUAAAUUUCUUACCUUCGACGAUCUGAAUCAACGUCUCAGCAACAUUGAUCACGAAAUGGAGCUGGAGAUUGAGCAGUUGAACAAGAAAUAUAAUGCCAAGCGGCAGCCGAUUGUGGAUGCCAUGAAUGCGAAGCGCAAACGCCAGCAGAAUAUCAAUAAUAAUCUGAUUAAGAUAUAGAAAUAGAAAUAGCGACUCCAAACUUUGCAAGGCAACAGAAAAAUAGAAUUUGAACUCACGAAAGACCCUCUGCAUUAGGUUGAUCAUAAAGGAAGUGCGUUUAAGCUGCAGCAGCAGGUUCUCUCUCAUCCAGAAAUGUGGCUGAUCAAUCAAUUCAGUGCAGAGGGCUCAAAACAAAACGCAAGAAAUGAUAACACAAAAGCUUUAUUGUAAAAUGCAGUGAAAACAGGAAAGAAAUGUGGUUAUAAACGUCGUGGGAAAAACAUACACACAUACCCUACAUACAUACAUACAUAUAUUAAAUAGCGCACGAACACUUUUCCUUCUUGUUUCGUUUAAAUUUUGUUUGAUUGCAAGUUUAAUUUUGUUUCGCUUCAUAUUUGAUAUAUAGUUUUGAUCUACAUAUGGAUCUUCCAAUGAAGACACUCUCGAAUCGAAAAGAUAUUUUAGCAUCUCGCAGCUGCCUGCAUUAUCUACUGCCUAAGUCCACUCCAAAUUGAUAAGACUACGUAAAAUGUUCUUCCCAGUUAACUAUGUAACUGUUAACCUAUAAUCUCUACCUAUAUUUCCUACUUUUAUUUUUGUGUCUUCGUGCGAACACAAAC